AUUAUCAAAAUGUCUAUCGAUAUAAGCGUAGUUCUUGAUACAGGCUCUAAGAAUACCAAAGCGGGGUUUGCGGGAGAAUCAUUUCCAAGAUGUAUCUUUCCAACUACCGUUGCGAGGACCCGAUACGAGGCCCUUUCCCACAGUCCAGAGAUAUACUUUGGCAAAGAAGCAGUUCAGAAAAGGGGAAUUUCAAAGCUGACCUGGCCAGUUCACCGUGGCAUGAUCGAGGAUUGGGAUGAAAUGGAGAAACUCUGGCACCAUCUAUUUUAUCGAGAAUUGCACGUCGCACCCGAAAUAUCGCCAACCCUUGUUGCUGUGCAUCCCUUGACCCCGAAAAGGGAUAAGGAACGAAUCGCCGAGAUCCUAUUCGAAUCUUUCAUCGUCAAGGACUUAUACUUAGCGUCAUCACCCGCGCUAGUAGUCCAUGCAAGUGGAAGAACAACAGGAGUGGUAUAUGAAAACGGAUAUUCCUGCAGUUACACGACCCCAGUGUUCGAAGGAUUCCCGCUUAAACAUGCAACAGUUAGCUCGGAAAUAAAUGGCAAACUACUGACAGAGAGACUUCAACACUUGCUAAAGGGAGUUGGGUAUUGCUUCACAACACCUCAUGAAUUUGAUUUAUUGGAUCAAAUGAAGGAAAAUCUAUGUUUCAUACCAAACGACUAUGAGGCUGAAGUUAAUGAAUUCGCGUUUUCAAAAGAGAAAGUUCAGUAUGAACUUCCGGACGGCCAACACGUGAUCAUUGGUGAUGAAAGAUUUCGAUGUCCCGAAGUGUUGUUUCAACCGAGUCUACAUGGGCUUACAUGUCCGAACAUUGUGGAUGAUUUACGCUUAAGUAUUUCACGAUCAGACUUGGAUUAUAAGGCGUUGUUCUAUAAUAAUAUAAUCCUCUCUGGUGGUAGUAGUAUGAUAAAAGGUUUGCCGGAUAGACUGUUUUUGGAAAUGAGAAAGCGGGCGACGGAUUCUUGCGAAUUAAACGCUAAGAUUGAUGCAAUGCCUUCAAGGAAUAUAGCUGCGUGGGUCGGAGGGUCUAUAUUGGCAUCGUUAUCGUCAUACAAGGACUUCUGGAUGUCCAGGGAGGAGUAUGAAGACGCUGGAUCCGAUCGCGUUCAUUAUAAAUUCUUCUAG